AGCGCGAAACACAACAUGGCUAAGCGAACAGCAAAAGCUGACAAUUUUGUCUGGACAGACGAAGAGGUGGAGUUAUUGCUGCAAACAACCUUAAAUUACAAAACAACAAAGGCACAUCAGGGCGUGGACUGGGAGUCCUGCCAGGCAAAAUAUACAGACAUAUGGACCGAAUUUCUUCAGCAGUAUCCUAUACCUGGAGGGACAUCAUAUCCACACGAGAAAGACGCUAUUAGUAAAAGUCAGAUAACGUCAAAGCUGAAAGCCAUCCGGAUCAAGUAUAGGCAGGCUGUGGAUACCCAACGGCGGAGUGGCCAUGGGCGAGUUAUCACUCUAUAUUUUGAUUUAUGUAACGAAAUAUGGGGUGGGUCGCCAGCAACCACAGCAAUAGAGGCCGGUGUUGAAACAUCAGAGGUGAACGAAACCGUGGACACUAGUAGUGAGUCAAACGCGAGCAUUACAUCGUCUGACCUGCCGAACACAGAAGAAUCAAUUGUCAGCCCCCAUACCUCAGCCCAGAAGCGGAGAAAUCUACUUCAGGCAAGGCUUGAUGGCCAUAAAGGUGAAAGGCUCCAGAAGAAACUUCGGGUGGAUCCAGUGCAGACUGACCUCGACAUAAAGAAGAAGAUUGUAGAUAUUUUGGAGAAGGCUGAAAAAAGCAACAGCAAUAGGCUGGACACAAUUGCAGAGGCUCAAAUUAGAAUAAGCCAUAGUUUUGAUGCCCUUGUGAGACACAUGACAUCUCAGCCACAAGCAAAUCGUGCCCCACCUGACCACUACAACACAGCACAGCUCAUGGCCCCUGCACAUCCAUACACACCAUCACCCAUGGGCCCUGCACAUUCAUACACAGCUCAGCCAAUGGCCCCCGCACAUUCGUACACACCACCACCUAUGGGCCCUGCACAUUCAUACACACCAGCACCCAUGGGCCCUGCACAUUCGUACGCAACACAGCCAAUGGGCCCUGCACUUCCAUCCUCCUACAGACAAUUCCUGCUGGGGGAACACUCCGAUGAGGAAGAGACUUAA